UUCCUGUGCUGCAGCUGUAUUUUUCUGCUUACUCGGACACUAAUGUAACUUGUAGCAGGCUAGCUCGUCUAGCCUUACUAAAUGACUCGCCUUAAUCUUUGUAUUUCUUCAUUGUGACUGUCGCCUUUAGGUCUGGGAAAAUAGAAAACUCUGAUUUAGCCUCACCAAAGCUGUGUCCCUGCGGUCAAUUCAUUGCUCUGAUUGUGUAGCAUAGCCCCCCGAUGCUAACGGUGGCUAACAAAUAAGAGUAGCAUAUCACUGCGCUCAUUUACCGGUUCAUUUAAGCUUAUUUUUCUACAAUUAACUGCCUUUAUUAUCGAGGAUAGUCACUACUAAGAUAAAAUGAGGUGCUGAAGGCGCUUAUGUGAAGAUGAAGUCUGCUAUGACGAAAGAAAAGGAAUUAGAAGAAGAAUACAAUGCGAUCACAGUGAAAACAGAAUGGGACUCAGAGCAGCAGAGCUCCUCCACUGAGGAGGAUGAAGACUCUAAUGAAGAACAGGCUGCCGAUGGGUUUGAUCUGAACGUUUUAAUAAAGGAGGAGCCUCAUCUGCUGGAGAUCAGUGAGGAUUACUGUGAGGACACAUCGAGCUGUUUGGACACCGAUGGCUUCCAUCCAGAGGGAGACGUUAAAGUAGAGUCUGACUCCGAUGGAGCUGUUGUGAAGGAGGAGGCAGAGUCCUGGUUUAAGGAGGAGAGAGGGAGUGAAGAUGGGGAGGAAGAGGAGGAUCUGAGGAGCAUCCAGGAGGAGUUUGAGGAAGGAGAGGGGGUCUGCACAGAGCUGUCGUCUGAGUUUUUUCCUUGCCCACACUGCACUAUCUCGUUCACUGAUUUGGAUUUUUUGGAGAAACAUGUCAAGUGGGUUCAUCAGAAAGAGUAUCUCGCUAACCUCAAAAAGAGUCUGCCAAACCAUACUCUGACCUUCAACCCCAAACACGCCUGCUCUGUCUGCGGCUGCAACCUAAAAUCCAAAGUCCACCUCAGCAUCCACAUGCGUGAGGCGCAUCCCUCUGCUCCCCCCCGCCGACUUCAUCCAUGCCCGACCUGCGCUCGUAGCUUUCAGUACCUGAAGAAUCUGAAGAACCACUGCACCCGCUGGCACAACAUGUCCGUAGUUAUCCGCGCGGGGCACCUCAGUUGUGCCGACUGCGGGAAGAGCUUCAAGGCCACCUGGGGUCAAGGUCGUCAUAUGUGUCACGAACCAAAUGUUGAAUCUGAGGAUAAGCCGAUCUGUCUAGAUACUGGGUUGCCUUGUCCAGAGUGUGGCAAGAAGCUGCGUACACCUCAGAGUCUGGGGGACCACAUGCGGACCCACACUGGGGAUCGACCUUUUGUCUGCAAGGACUGUGGGAGGAGGUUUGGAGAGCGCAGCAGCUGGCGUCAACACAUGAAAAUACACACUGGGGACAGGCCGUUCAAAUGUGAUGUCUGUGGCAAGGCCUUCAUAAGGUCUCACCACCUUAAGUCCCACUUAACCACACACUCAGGAAAGAAGGAAUACUCUUGCCCUGAAUGUGGAAAGGAGUUUGGAUUCAAGUCAAGCCUAGAUCUUCAUGUAAGGACCCAUUCGAGCGAGAGGCCUUUCCACUGCAACGUCUGUGGAAAGAGCUUCAACACACGGAGAAACCUGAGGGUUCACUCCAAACUUCACAACAACGAGAAAGCUCACCAGUGUGGGGAGUGUGGGCUGGAGAUCAGAGAUCUUGGGGCUUUAAAAGUACACUUACGAACGCACACCGGGGAGAGGCCCUACCACUGCACGGUGUGCGGCAACAGGUUCAUUCGCCUCUCGCAUCUGAGAAACCACCAACGCACCCACACUGGUGAGAGACCCUACAAAUGUACUGAAUGCGACAAGAGUUUCAUUCAGUCUGGUGAUUUGGUGAAGCACAAGAGGAUCCACUCUGGGGAAAAACCCUUUGAAUGUCCCGAGUGCCACCGCUGCUAUACUUCCUCUGGUGACCUGGGCAAACACAGGAGGAGUCACACUAACCUGCGCCCGUACACCUGCAAAGACUGCGGCAAAAGCUUUCGCCUGUCGGGUCACUUAAAAACGCACAUGUUAACCCAUACGGGGGAAAAGCCCUACGCCUGCCCCAACUGCCUCCGUAGGUUUGCACGCUCUCACCAUUUAUCUGGACAUGUUGCUAAAUGUCGCUAAGCUUUUCUGAGAAGAAUAAAAACGUUGAUUAAUUGAAGUAGAAAUGUGAGCUGCAUUCAAACUAACACUACAAUUUGAUAAAUGUGAUAAAGCUUUAACUUGUUAUUAAUUAUUUAUAAAAACACAGUAGAACUAUGAAAACUCUAGAAACAAUUGAACUGACUGACUAACCCCACUGCAUGACACUUUUUGCAGAACUGCUGCAAGCCUUGUUUGUUCUUUAUCCCAAAUAGGUUGGAAGAUGUUUUAUAAAACACUAUUUCAAAAAGGCUUGUAGAUCCAGGGCUGCCAACUUUUCCCCAAAUCUGGGAGUGAGAUUUUCAGAGAGUCUGGACAGCUAACCCUUGUCACGGUUUGAUCAAAAGGCUAUGAGGAUAGGUGAAGCUACAGGUUGUAGGCUUUCUGGGGUUUUAACUAAAACAAAGUGGGAAAAUGUGGAUUUUUUUUUUAUAGCACAG